AUGGCCUCCAGCAGCAGCAGCAUCCCAACGCAGAUCGCCGAGACGAUCCAGACGGCGUCCCUCCAGCGCAACCCCUCGCCCCGCCACGACCUCAACCCGUCGACGGCGGCCUCGGAGAUGGAGCCCGUGAGGCUUGUUGAGGAGGAUCGGGAGAAGAAGCAGCAGCAGCGGAAGCAACGGAGAAGAGAGCUAAGAAAAAAGAGGGGGGAGAAGAGAAGGAGGCACGAGUCGUCGAUUGAUGGGAUCGAUGACGAUAGCUUAUCUGAUGAUGAUGAGGAUUACGGCGAUGAUGACUUUGGGGAUGGGGAUAGUAGCGAGGAGGAUGACGACGACGACGACGAGAUCCCGAUCAGCGUCCUGCGCCCAAGACCAAGGGAGCGCAGCAGCUACCCGCCCAUGCCGGACCUGCGCUUUGAGCAGAGCUACCUGCACAGCCUGGCGAAGGCGGAUACGUGGUGGAAGGUUGCGUGGGUUACCGUGAGGGAUCAGAUCAUGAUGCCCUUCGCCCAAGGCGUCCUCUACAACCUCGCCAUCUGCGGCUGGCACCACUGGAACCGCCACGCCCAGCUCGGCGGCAACUCCGCCGGCGCGCGCCUGAGGAGGUGGUGGUACUCCGUCAACAACUGGCCGCUCGUGUCGGGGAACGUGUCUAGCAGGCCGAGGAGGAAGCCUUAUUUCGGCUAG